AAAUUGACAAUGACAGUUUAGGACUGAUCGAGUGGAAAAUAAUAAGUCUAAAGUAUAAACACAGAAAUUUAUGUAUCAUUUGAGUAUUCUUUAACCAAAUAUAUAAAUAGUUGCAAAAUAAAUAAUGCUUUCCAGGUUAAGAAUAAAACGAGAUAUAAAAUAUUUCGUGCGGUGUUUAUCGGAUAAACCUCCUUCGGGUCACGAUGGGAAUAAAUCAGAAAUAAAAACUAAAGAUAGCAAAGAACAAAAUAAAUCGAAUGAAGAUAGUACUGCCAAGAUUCAAGCUCUUCUGAAACUGAUGAUGUCUGAGCCUAAAAUAUCGGAAAGCGAAUACAGAGAACGGUUUGCUACUGCACCCGAAAGACAGAAAAAGCGUAAGCCUGAUGUAUUAGAAGUGAAAAUGGAAAAAAUCGAGGAAAAUAUCACCAAAGCGGCAAAUGAUGUUGCUCAAGCCAUCGGAGGAGAUGUCAAACAGACAGAAGCUGAACUGCUUUCUAAAGUUCUUGGCAAGAUAAACCAAACUUCAACAUCCCUCAGUGAUUUAAUAGUGGGAAUGAAAGUAGACAGAUCUAAAGACAGUGAUGAAACUGUAAUAAAAGAAACGAGAGGGCAACAAGUGAAACGCUUGAUGAAGCCGAGGGAAGGCACAGAAGACACUCGGUAUUCCCAAAGGCAACAGAAAAAAACAUUUGAAAAGAAAAGAAGUGUAUCUCAAUCCAUUUCUAUGGACAUAUUCAGCGGUGAUUCACUUGGUAUAUUCAAAACUAAACAAGAGAACUAUGGAACCAAGUUGGAUGUUUGGGAUCACUUGAGCCAAAGAGAGCUCUUGUUGGCCACUUCACAACCACCUGCCAACUAUUUUCAGAAGAUGAUACAGUGGACAGAGCAGGGAAAAGUUUGGAAGUUUCCAAUAGAUAAUGAACAAGGAAUAGAGGAAGAACAAAAUGUCCACUUUUCUGAGCAUAUAUUCCUUGAUGCACAUUUAGAAGGUUGGUGCCCAACUAAGGGACCAAUCCGUCACUUCAUGGAACUUGUCUGUGUGGGACUUUCCAAGAAUGCAUUUUACACAGUAAAAGAAAAACAGGAACACAUUAUGUGGUACAAAGAGUACUUUGAAUCUAAACAAGAUAUUCUUAAAGAUAUUGGUGUGUGGGAAACUCAACCAACCAGUGAAGCUUCUACGUAACCUUAUAUUAAUUAAUGAAAUAGGUAAUAGAUUAAAUAUGUAACAAAAUGAA